UGGAAGGCGGACCGGCCUGGAGCCGGUCAGGGAGGGCGAGGUGGGGGGCGAAAGAGGAAUUAGAAAGAAAGAGGGUUAACCAAACAAUCCCAGAAGCAGGCUCCACCUGGGCUAGGGCUGAGCAGAGCGGAGCCAGGAGCGCGCAGCAGCGGAGCGGCGCGACCUGGCGGAGCGCGCACGGCGCUGACUUCGGCUGCGGCUUUCCCUUUCCCUUUUUCUUUUAAUACCAAGAAGGCGCCGGCGGCGGCCGCACACGCGAGUGCCACGCGAGGCUCCUGGAGCCAGCCGCGGCGGGAGGAGGGGAGGGAGGAGGCGGCGCACAGGGAGGACGGGCGCCGGGCACCUUCCCUCGCUGCAGCCCGAGGACUCGGCGGCCUCGGCCUCCGCGCGUCUCCUCUCCGACUCCCCUCGGCGGCCGGUCCCCCGCUCCCCGUCCUUCGCCCCGCUGACCGCGCCUCCCGCGCCCCUCUCGCUAGCGCUCCGCGCGGCCCGCGCGCCCCUGUCUCUGUCCCCCGCGACUCCUCGGCCCGGCAUGGAGAGCUCCGGCAAGAUGGAGAGCGGCGCGGGCCAGCCGCCGCAGCCCCCGCAGCCCUUCCUGCCGCCCGCAGCCUGCUUCUUCGCCGCGGCGGCCGCUCAGGGCGCGCAGCCGCCGCCGCCGCCGCCGCCGGCGGCGCCGCAGCUGAGCCCCGCGGCCGACGGCCAGCCCUCAGGGGGCGGUCACAAGUCGGCGGCCAAGCAGGUCAAGCGCCAGCGCUCGUCCUCCCCGGAACUGAUGCGCUGCAAGCGCCGGCUCAACUUCAGCGGCUUCGGCUACAGCCUGCCGCAGCAGCAGCCCGCCGCCGUGGCGCGCCGCAACGAGCGCGAGCGCAACCGCGUCAAGCUGGUCAACCUGGGCUUCGCCACCCUCCGGGAGCAUGUCCCCAACGGCGCCGCCAACAAGAAGAUGAGCAAGGUGGAGACCCUGCGCUCCGCGGUCGAGUACAUCCGGGCGCUGCAGCAGCUGCUGGACGAGCACGACGCGGUGAGCGCCGCCUUCCAGGCCGGCGUCCUGUCGCCCACCAUCUCCCCCAACUACUCCAACGACUUGAACUCUAUGGCGGGUUCUCCGGUCUCUUCCUACUCCUCCGACGAGGGGUCCUACGACCCUCUCAGCCCAGAGGAACAAGAGCUGCUGGACUUUACCAACUGGUUCUGAGCGGCUGCCAGGCCCUGCUGAGAAUGGACCCUGGGAGCAGGGUGGCUGCGGAUCCCGCAUCUUUAGUGUUUUUCGCCAGCAACGCUGAAGUUGGGGGGAGGGGAGAAAAGCCAGAAAAGAAACAGAAAACAAACACAAGCAGACAGCCAACCUCAAGGGGCACCUUGACUAACGUGCGAUGUUCUCAGCAAACAGGGGUGAGCUCCGACAGGAUCUUUGCACUCCAAUCAUUCUCGGACUUGAGAAGAGUGAGUGGCGCCUGAUUCUAAACCCAAGUCGCAGCUGGUGUGCAAAUGCAGUGGGUUCCUUUCCUGGAGCGAGAGAGCCAUACACACCCAGCCGACAGCUAACAGGCCAGGCGGGGCUGAAAGCUCUGGCCCGUGCCUUCACCUCGCACCCUCCGUCAAAGCUGUCCUAGCCCGCUGGAGCUGGGCUGGCGUCUUUCCUCGGUCACCCCCACCCCAGCGAACUGUGGACAUGGUCUGCAGUGAAGCUAUGCUAUACUGUACUCAGUACUUGGACACCUGUCCCUUAUCCUGGUGGCCUCCUCCCCAAACCCUACAAUCGCCCUUCCGCUGUUUUUGCUUCUGUUUUCAUCAUAGAAUGCUUCCAAUCUUUGUGAAUUUUUUUAUUAUAAGAAAAAAAAUUAUUUGUAUCUAUCCUAACCAGUUUGGGGAUAUAUUAAGAUAUUUUUGUACAUAAGAAAGAGAGAGAAAAAUUUAUAGAAGUUUUGUACAAAUGGUUUAAAGUGUGUAUAUCUUGAUACUUUAACAUGUAAUGCAAUUACCUCUGCAUACUUUAGAAGUGUAGUCCAUCUCACAACUGCAUCUCCCUCCCCCCAUGUGGUUUCGUAAAGAACUCUCCUCAUAGGCGAGAUCUAAAUGCCACCAGAAUGACUUCAGCACCAAUGUGUCUUACUUAUUAGAAACGGUGUUAAUGUAUUAAUCAUGUUAUUAAAAACUGUUCAAGGAGAACAAAGUUUAUGCAGCUACUGUCCAAACGCAAAGUGGCAGCCAUUUGGUUUCCAUGGGUUGCCUUUUGGAAAUUUCUACCACUGCCUUUUUCCCCUUACUGUUUUAUUACAAACUUACAAGAACAUGUAUAACCCUGUUUUAUACAAACUAGUUUUGUAAUAAAACUUUUUCCUUUUUUAUAAAAAAGAGAGCG